ACCGAAAGCAAUGUUGGGAGGGCACCCAGGGCCCAUAUGUUUUGAAUGAUCGAUCGCCAAAUCUGAUUAAAGGGCCGUCUGCGGGUGAGAGAUGCAUGUACUCAAAAUAUAGACGGGAGUAAGUAGGGUUAGCUGCAGCGAGGCCAUCUGUGUGUGUGUGCAUGGCGUGGAAGGGAUUACCAGCUGCAUUUUCUGUUGUGACACCUGGGUGUGUGUGAAGGACACCCACAAAGGGAAGAGGAAAGCGUUUGCAGAGAGAGGAGGGAUGGAAUGCCUUAAAAUGGGUUUCAGUGAAGCGUGAGCUUGGCCAAGGUUGGGAUAUUUCAAAGCUGGAGAGCGGUCGGAGGAAGGGAAGAAGAUUGCUGUUAAAAAGGGGGUGAGGUUUCUAACAGAGGAGAAAUAGGAGAGACAAUGGGAUGGAUUUUGAUUUCCAUACAAUGAGAAUGUGGGAGGACAAGCAGCCAGGGGUAGGGGAGGUUGGCAGAUGGAACCCUUAGGAUGCUUCUGUGGCCUGGGAUUGAUUUACGGCAAUAAAUCGUGCACCAUGCCUCCAAUCACCUUCCAGGACCUUCCACUAAACAUCUACAUGGUGAUAUUUGGGACUGGAAUCUUCGUGUUUGUGCUCAGCCUGAUAUUCUGCUGUUACUUUAUCAGUAAACUGCGACAUCAAGCGCAGAACGAGAGAUUUGGAUAUAAAGAGGUUAUAAUCAGAGGAGACGCUAAAAAGCUGAAUUUGCAUGGGCAGACUUGUGCCGUUUGCUUAGAAGAUUUCAAGACUAAGGAGGAGCUGGGGGUGUUACCGUGCAAACACGCCUUCCACAGGAAGUGUCUGGUGAAGUGGCUGGAGAUCCGCUGUGUGUGUCCCAUGUGCAAUAAGCCGAUCGCUGGAGGAGCUGAACAGCAGCAGGCUAUAGGCACUCUCCUGGAUGAAUUGGUUUGACACAAGACAAACAAACACAGGCGAAAACAAAAGAGGUUUGGGGGAAGCCAAGAUUUUCUAUUUUUUUACCUUUGCGAUUUGUCAGCUGACUGACUGACUGACUGAAGCCGUGAGCAUUUUGUGGCACCGCAUCGACUGUGUGUCUGUCACUGCAGCAACGCACGCACACCCAGCAAUGUACCUCUUUCCUUCACAUCCUCCCAACGAGAGUCAGUGACUGGGGUGGCUGGGGUUCAAUGGUAUGUCUCUGCUUAAGCUUUUUAUUAUGAGCAACACUUAAAAGUCACAGAACAUUGACGUGGCCACUGUCCGCACAUAAUGUGAGCCCUGAACACACAGACACAAAACACACGGUAUACACACGUCACAUUGCAUGUACACAUACAUACCCACACACUUCUUUUGGUCCGACGGUUGUCUGACACAUGCGGAAACCCAUCAGUAUCCAAACCCAACUGGACAUGUGAGUAUUACACCUUUUACCCACUGACAUGUACACACAACUACACAGUCCUGUACACAAACUGUAUGAUCCUUCCUGAACACUCAGUGACUGAAAAGACCACAUACAUAGAUCUCUGCUGAUGCAGUCAAACGCUAACCAAAAUCUCAGAGAGGCCAGUGAAUGGUGAAGCUGCUUUAAGUAACUACUUCGAGGAGAGAGGCUGCAGUGCAUGGAAUGCUGUUAUGGAUCAUGUUCCUCUGAUAUCCAAUUACAGCACUUAUACAUUACCCACAGGAGCACCAGAGCCAAAUGCUUUGUGAGCACCAAUAUGUUAACAAACU